AUGACGUUAUGCGGACACGACUUCCCCUCGGACUGCUGUUGCGCCGUCCAGGCUGGUUUUCAACAAGAUACUUGCUUGUUAUCCUGUCGACCGGAAGAGUCAGGUUUAUCAGUAUACUCUACUGUAAUACAAACAUACAUAAUUUCUAUUGCUGCAUGUGUCGGUCAUGGCAUCCAGGGUUCGGAUGGCACGCGCAGGAAGUUUCUAGAGCACGACCCGCUUCCUGCAGCCAAAAAUGCGUCUAGCGACAAGCGACCAUCCCCAUACCGUGUUGCGCCAAAGAUGCAAUCCAGGUGUUCGCACGACUGCCGUCUGCUAGUCUUUGCUAAUCAACUCAGUAAAAUACAUAUCAGCCCACUCAUGCCGUGCUUCCAAACCUAG